AUGGGCGGCCUCUGCUCCAAGGAGGGCGUCGUGGAGGCGCCGCCUGCCGCCCCGCACCCCGUGGCGCACCUGCAGAAGGCGUCAAGCCGGUCCCUCAAGCAGCUCAUCACGCUCACCGCCAAAGAGGAGGACGCUGUCGUCGUGCACGCCGUCAUCUCUCGGAUGGAGUCCAACGCUAAGGCCAACGGCGGCAUCGUCGCGCCCGCUCCGGGCAAAGAGGCCGUGGAGAAGACCGCGCCUCCCGUGGUGGUCAUCAUGUCCCUCAGCAAGUCCUACAGCCCCGUGGGGGCGCCCACGCACCACCGGUGCGCCACAGUGGACAUCGGCGGGAACAACAACAGUGCGACCGCGGACUGCGGCGGCGGCGCGCAGGCGCAGCAGGUGAUCUCCAGCGUGCCACAGGGGUUCUCCGGCGAGCACGUCAUCGUCGGAUGGCCCUCCUGGCUGACGUCCGUCGCUGAAGAGAUCCUGGAAGGCAUCGUCACCUCGCACCUCUCGCACGGCCUCUACCUCGUCUUCGAGUACAUGGAGCACGACCUCACCGGCCUCGCCGCGCUGUCCGGGCAGCGCUUCACGGAGCCGCAGGUCAAGUGCUUCAUGCGCCAGAUCCUCGAGGGCCUGCGCCACUGCCACGCGCGUGGAGUCCUGCACCGGUACAUCAAGGGCUCCAACCUCCUCAAGUCCUCAUCGGCGACAACGGUGUGCUCCGGAUCUCCGACUUCGGGCUCGCCAGUCGCCACCUUCUUCGACCCCGGCAAGACGCAGCCCUUGACCAGCCGCGUCGUCACGCUCUGGUACCGCCCGUCGGAGCUCCUGCUCGGCCCCACCGAGUACCGCGUCGCGGUGGACCUGAGGAGCACCGGCUGCAUCCUCGCCGAGCUGCUCGCGGGCAAGCCCAUCAUGCCCGGCCAGACCGAGAUCGAGCAGCUGCACAGGAUCUUCAAGCUCUGCGGCUCGCUGUCCGAGGACUACUUGGCGACAGCGGCCGUACCGGACUACGUGACGCUCUUCAAGCCACAGCGGCCGUACCGGCGCAAGAUCGCCGAGACGUUCAAGGACUUUCCCCCCACUGCCCUGGCGCUCCUGGACACGCUGCUCGCCAUCGAGCCGUCGGCACGGGGCACGGUGGCCUGGACAGCGAGGACCAAGCCGCUGCCGUGUGAUCAGGCGAGCCUGCCCAAGUACCCCCGCCCUGCAAGGAAUACGACGCCAAGCUCCGAGGCCAGGAGACCAGCAGGCAAAACACAGCGGGCAUCGGAGGCAAGGGCUCUGUAUCCGUCAGUUCGGGAAGAGACGACUCCAAGGGCACCGCGCCAGCUCAGGACCUCGCCAUUGCGCGCCAACCAGAAGAGCACCAGCCACCACUACAGCUCGCUGGAAGACAGCGUGCACGGGCCGAUUAUUAGAUUGUUAACUGUUGAUGUUUUCUCUGUUCCGUCAUUCUCAUGA